GACAGAAUGCUUUGACCUCCAAGCUGUUUUAAAUCUAGUAGAUAAGCCAGAUACUAUGUUGCCAUAAGCCCUUGCCCCACAUUUAAGUGGGACUGCAGCUAGCUUGGAUGUCUGAAACAUUUUAGGCAGCAGUGUCUGAACCCUGGUGCCUGGCCUAAGGACUACUGAGUGCUGGUUAUCUGUGCAGGAUAGCCACACAGCAAAAAUGUUUGCAAAACUAAAGAAGAAAAUUGCAGAAGAGACUGCUGUUGCUCAGAGGCCAGGAGGUGCUACUAGGAUCCCACGGUCGGUGAGCAAGGAAUCUGUUGCCUCUAUGGGAGCUGACUCAGGAGAUGACUUUGCUUCGGAUGGAAGCAGCUCCAGAGAAGAUCUUUCAUCCCAGCUUUUGAGAAGGAAUGAACAGAUACGGAAGUUAGAGGCCAGACUUUCUGACUAUGCUGAACAGGUCCGAAACUUGCAGAAGAUAAAAGAGAAGCUUGAAAUUGCAUUAGAAAAACACCAGGAUUCUUCCAUGCGGAAAUUUCAAGAGCAGAAUGAGACAUUCCAAGCCAACAGAGCCAAAAUGGCAGAAGGACUGGCUUUGGCAUUAGCCAGAAAGGACCAGGAAUGGUCAGAAAAGAUGGAUCAGCUUGAAAAGGACAAAAGAUUUCUGACAGCUCAGUUACAAGAAAUGAAGAACCAGAGUUUGAAUCUUUUCCAAAGGAGAGAUGAAAUGGAUGAAUUAGAGGGGUUCCAGCAGCAGGAACUAAGUAAAGUGAAGCACAUGCUUUUAAAAAAAGAAGAAAGUCUGGGGAAAAUGGAGCAUGAAUUGGAGGCACGAACCAGAGAACUUAGUCACACCCAGGAGGAGUUGAUGACCUCCAAUCAGAUGUCAUCAGACUUAAGCCAGAAGCUAGAAGAACUGCAGAGACACUACUCAACGCUGGAAGAGCAGAGAGAUCAUGUGAUAGCUUCAAAGACAGGUGCAGAAAAUAAGAUCACAGCCCUGGAACAAAAGGAACAAGAGCUUCAAGCACUCAUUCAGCAGCUCUCUGUUGAUUUGCAAAACGUCACGACUGAAACUCAAGAGAAAGAGAAAGUUAUCACACAUUUGCAAGAGAAGGUCGCAUCCUUGGAGAAGAGACUAGAACAAAACUUAUCAGGAGAAGAGCAUGUGCAAGAACUUCUGAAAGAGCCUUCCUCGUGCUUGGGUUUUCACAAUAAAGCUCCCCAAGGUCAGACCUUACUCGAAAGAAUGCUUCUGUUUCCCUCUCAGGUGAAAGAGUUAGAACAGACCCUGCAGGCCUCCGAGGAGCAGCUGAAGCAGAGCAGGGCUGUUGUGCUUGCCCAGGAAGCCCACAUUCAGGAGCUUGCUGCUGCCAAUACAGAGAGCAUCCACGCACAGCAGCAAGCUCUUGCUCUGGAACAGCAGCACAUAGAGCACGCCCUGGCCCUGAAGGCCCAGGUCGCCUCCCUGGAGAGAGCGCGGGCCUCCGAGCAGGCCACCGCAGAGCGCAGGAUGAGAGAACUGGAGCAAGAAAAUGCAGCCCUUAAAGAAAGCAGGAGUGAAUGUGAACGUUCUCUACAACAUCACCAAUUUGAACUAAAGAAGCUAAAGGAGGAGUGGAGCCAAAGAGAAAUUGUGAGUGUGGCAAUGGCUCAAGCCCUGGAGGAGGUGCGGAAGCAAAGGGAAGAGUUCCAGCAACAGGCUGCUAACCUGACAGCCAUGAUGGACGAGAAGGAGCAGAGUCUACAGGAAAAAGCUGAAGUGCUUCUCCAGAAAGAGCAGGAGAUUCUCCAGCUGGAGCAGGGUCACAACUCAGCCCUGCUGCAGAUGCGUAAGCUGCAGGGUGAGCUGGAGGCCCUGCGGACCCUGAGGGUGGAAGAGGCCACGGCAGCUGCAGAACGAGAGGACCUGCUGCGGCUGCGGGGCCUGGAGCAGGGCGAGGCACUGUCAGCCAGGGAGCCAAACGUGACCUCGAAGGCCUUGUACCAGCUUCCAGCUGCAGGAGGAACACCAAAUGGGGAGGUUGGGGCCAUGGAUCUAGGACAGUUACAGAAGGAGAAACAGGACUUGGAGCAGCAACUUGCAGAGAAAAAUAAGACUAUAAAGCAGAUGCAGCAGCGGAUGCUGGAACUCAAAAAGACUCUGCAGAAGGAACUGAAAAUCAGACCUGAUAAUGAGCUUUUUGAAGUCCGGGAGAAACCUGGACCUGAGAUGCCAAACAUGGCCCCUUCUGUCACGAACAAUGCUGACCUGACUGAUGCCCGUGAGAUCAACUUCGAGUACCUUAAGCAUGUGGUUCUAAAAUUCAUGUCCUGUCGCGAAUCUGAGGCUUUUCAUCUUAUAAAAGCUGUGUCAGUGUUGCUGAACUUUUCCCAAGAGGAAGAGAACAUGCUCAAAGAAACCCUGGAAUAUAAGAUGUCGUGGUUUGGGUCCAAACCAGCUCCCAAGGGCAGCAUCCGGCCAUCUAUCUCAAACCCUCGGAUACCGUGGUCCUAGAGGGAACUACCCAAGGAUGGAGCUCCAUGGGUUGACACUUUUUCUGUGAAAAGAACACUGACACACCAGUCUGGGUGGGUUUUUAAUCACUGUAACUGCAGUAUUUUGUACAAGCGUCUAAACAUUGUUUACAAGACUUAAGGCCCACUUCCCUGUAGGCUGACAGGAACCUCAGGGGGUAGCUGAUCCUAUGUCAUUCUGGUCACCAAACAGGAGGGUCCUGGCACUACCCAGAUUUCCACAGUGCUGCUAACAUCCCAGCUUUGGCCAGCACCCCACCUCCACCUGAGUCCUCUUUUAAUGUUAGCACUUAAGCUGAAGCGACCAGCAUCUGUGAAGCAACAGCUGGGUCAUCGUGCAAUGAUGACGCUGGAGGUAGAGAUGCCCUUUGAAAUGGUGCCCAGCAGGCCACCCCCACCUGCUUCUGCCAGGAGCAGCCAACUCAGUGGGGGUGGCUUUAAAAAUUCAGAUGAGUUAGAAGAGCUUUUUAUCCCUUCCUCUCAAGAAAAUAUUAUUUCACCUUGUUUCUUAAACCACCUCGAACUUUAGAUGUGUACAUCUCUGAGGGCCAGUGUGGAUUAAAUGAAGAAUAUGCAACUUUCUAGCAGUAUCUUCACUUUACUUAAGAAAACUAGCAAAUACAUAAAAAGAUUCUAAGUAUAGUACCAAAUACACUCAAUUGCCUUUUUAAUGAAUGUACUUGUCUUGGAUAGGUUGCUGGUAAACCAUUUUAAAACUAUUUUUUAUAGCUAAAGUUCUUCACUAUUAUAAACAUGUUUUCUGUGUUAUAAAAUCCAUUUAACUGAUGUUCUUAAAGGAAAAUCAGAGCAUCAAGAGGAAAUUAUUUCUAAAAUUGGAAUUCCUAUCCCUUUGUAAUUUCACUAGCCUUCUGUGGCAUCUCCUCUCUGAAGCAGUGGCGGCACUUCAUGGCUUUGCUCUGGAUUCUGUGUUGCGCCACCACUGAGCAAGUGCUAACCACAUUUCUCCUACUUACGGACAAUCUGCUGUACGCAUCAGAAACAGCAGCUGUCCCUUCCCCCAGCCUUGACCAAAACAUGGGAGGCAGUCCGCCUCGUGUGUGGAGCCACUCUCUCCCCGUCAUCCUACCCCCAAAUAUUUAAGAUGACACUACAUUCAUUGAAUUAUGUCCAGACAGCCCCCAGCUGGCUGUAGUACUUGAUGGCAUGCACACGACUCUGGAAGUGACUGAUAAAAACUUACAUUCAUUAUUACUGAGGAAAAGGGAAGAUGCUCAUUCUGGAUAAGCGACAGUAUCAAAUCUAAAGGGAAACUGUAUUUAUAGUUAGAUGAAGGAUUCACUGGUUAAAUAAAAAACUGAAUUAAUAACCGGAGCUCCUAAAUUUAUCAUCAAUUGUCCAGUGAUGUUGUUUCUCAAUUAUGAUUAGGGUCAAAAAAUAUAUAUAAAGUAUAUCUCACAGAAAAAUAUUUGCAGUUAACCUAUUAAAUUCCCAUGAAGUACCAAGUCAAGGUAGCAUCACCUUAGUCCCAACUCAGGCUCUCUGCCACCUGUACGAACCAUUCUGCAGUGACCUACCUACCUCCUCAUGUGGCUCUUCAUUGCAGAUGUCUGUCCCUUGUAUAGAAUGCUAUUUUCCAUUUACCAGGUGGGAACAUGAAACAGGAGUCCCUUCUGUUCUGCGAUUUUGAUGAGUAAGGAGGUAGCUUUUUUCAAAGUAGGAUUUCCUUCUUUUCAACUGUUCCAGGAAAGAAUCCCUAAGCUUAGGUAGUUCAAAGCUUGCCAGAGGCAGCUGCAUUUCCGUGGAGCCGGGUCUGACUCCUUCAUGGCUUUUCCAGCC